AUGAUGUUACCCCAUCGUGAUAAAUGGGAUGCUCACUACUCAACCAUCGAUGAAACAGUCUACAUUGGUAGAGAUGUCUUUGUCGUUGUUGCCUCGACGUUAUCGCUUUACAAUGCCAUCGAGCUACUCACCCUCAUAUCUCUGACCUUCAAAAGACGAUCGGGACUUUACUUCUGGAGUAUUCUCAUUGCAUCAUUCGGCAUUAUCCCAUACUGUCUGGGAUGGCUAAUUGUCUACUUCGACCUUACGCACGAUUACGUUGGCAUGAUCAUUGAGACUGUCGGCUGGGUCCUUGUCAUCAGUGGCCAAUCAUUUGUUUUGUACUCGCGACUUCACCUAAUUGUUACCGAUGUCAAGAUUCUACGAGCCGUUCUCAUCAUGAUCAUUAUCAACGGUCUCGUUUGGCAUUCGACGAUGACUGUACUUCUGUUCGGAUCAGAGUACAGCCCAAGCGAUAACAGACGCGGCUUCAACAAUGUCUUCAACAUCGCGGAAAAAAUCUCGAUGUCCAUCUUUUAUCUGCAGGAACUCAUCAUCUCAGGCCUGUACAUCUGGAAGUCAAUGGAGAUCCUCAAGACAGCUUUCGGGAACACACGAAGCAUGCUAUACAAGCUAUUUACGAUCAACUUCGUCAUCAUCCUAAUGGACAUCGCUCUUCUGGCUAUAGAGUUCCAUGACCUUUAUGUCUGGGAGCAAGGCAUCAAGCUGGUCACCUACUCGAUCAAACUCAAGCUGGAAUUUGCUGUUCUUAGCGAACUAAUUGAGUUCGUCCGAAACCGUAGCGGAACUCGAUCACGACCAACAAAGAACUCCGAGAAUCAGAGCACUUUUGUACCAUUGUCGUCUAUGCAAAAGGGAAAUACCAAAGGAACUACGCCGAGUACGAGAGACUUUAUCCACGCUGGCGAUUCUCGGACCAACACAACUAUUGCGGCUACCAAUCCGAUACCAGCGGUUCCGACGAAUGAUAGCAUACAUGUUUUGAGAGAGGUCGACGUGGAGAAUGAAUUAUGGGGUCGUCUACCUCAAGAAUCUGGCAAGGCAAUGGUUGGCGAAGCAUUUUGA